AUGAUGUUCAAACACCUCCUUACCCUAGCUUGUCUCUCGACUCCCAUCCUCGCAGCUUCUGCAUUACCGACCUACUCCAACACCUCCUCCCACCAAACCCCCAACUACACCUUCAACGAACUCUACAACCUUACGAACCGCUUCCUCCAAAACCACAUGUACCCUCUCAACAUCGCGCAAUCUCUAUCCAUAAACUCUUCUCUACUGUCUGAAGACAUUCUAGGUCGCGUAGACGCCACCCGCGACUAUGCAGGCCGCGAACUCAACACUGAAUACCUAUUCGGCCUUUUCGCCAAUAUUGCAUUAAACCCUGAUGCUUUUACUCUGCUCGGGUAUCCUGUAAACUAUACGUUUACGCGGUUUUUGGGCAGUGGCAAUGUGGUUAGUUUUGCGGCUGUGGUGGAGUAUAUGUUGCCAGUCACCAAGACUACGAUACCACAAGAGUUGGAUUUCUGGGUCACGUUUAAUGAUAAAGGGGAGAUUUCGCAAUAUGAUGGGUAUGCUUCCUCCCAACCCCUUGUCACCUCUUUCAUCUUCAAGCAAAAGAUACUAAUGCACAAGACAGCANAUUUCCGCUACCUCCAAUGGCAACUCACCAGUACAAUCUCCACUAUCGCUACUUCAUUGAACCUAUCCUCAGCAGCAGACCUCACACCAGUCCUGCACUCCAAACUCGCCCAAAGCAUCUGCGAAACAGCAACAACCUUUUGCAACGGCACAAACCUGCAAUACGAUUCCCAACAAGCUUGCGAAAAUCACCUCUUCAACGAGACAAGAUUUGGAGAAGGUUGGGAGUGGGACGUGCAUUGCCCGCACAUUGGUCCCUCAGGCGGAGGCAUGUGUGUAGACGACCGCACCUACGUCGGAAACCUCGAGGAAAACUACUUUGUCAAUACGCCUUUCCUGGAUCCUAGUCUUGCGGUUGGAAACUUUCCUUGA